AUGCAGCAACGACAUGCCAAUAUCACCUCAGCGAAGUUGUCAUUAGAUGCGGCGGUCAACAGCUUUGAGGAAGCUUUCGACAAGCUAGACAACCGCUCCCAGCAAGAAGAGCAAGCGUCACAGGAGACGUACCUCUACCAUGCAUGGGAUUUGAUCACCGCAGCAGAAGCAUUGCUCGGCAAACUAGCCGAGAAGGAGAUAGAGAUCUCCACCACGUUGGAGAAUUUGAAACCAGUUGAAUUCAGAAGACAAAGAGGAAUAGAAAGAGCAACAGCACCUCAGUCAUCUAGUGACUCUCCUCGACUGACAUCACCUUUCCUUUACGCCUCCAGUCAGCUUUAG